AUUUUAUACAGUAGUUUUUCGUGAAGCCAACUGCGAUUCCGGCAAUUUGUUUAAAUGUAGUUUCCAAUUGGUUGAGAAUGCACCAAAAUAAAAUGGUUUAUGAUGAACGCAGCGAUGGCAGCAGCUCGAGCGAUGCACAGGAAUGUUUUCAGCGCAGCAUGUCAACCAAAAUGGGCACACAGCAGGUGACAAUGCCCAAACAUAUACCCUUUCCGGAGCACGCAACCACAUCCGAAUGGCUAAGUGAGCUCAUUAUGUGCGCCUUUACCAUGGGCGCAGCCAUUGUGCAAUUCAUAAACAUUUAUCGCACAAACUGGUGGCUGCCACAGUUCCAAACGCGGCACAUGGUGAACAUUGAGCUAAUCGAUCCAUAUUUACGCUAUCUCAUACUCAUACUGAAUACGCGACGGUUCCUGUACUGCAUGCUGCUGGCCAAGUGGAAGAGCCACGAGCGUCGUCUGGUCCGUUUGGGCAUCAAGUAUGGCUUUGGUGGCCUCGUCCAGCUGGGUCUGUGCUACUGCGCCUUCAGGCUCUAUCAGCAGCACACCUACAUGUUGCUCUUCUAUCUCAGUUAUCCUGUGGUCGUGUAUCUAAUCAUCUUUGGCUUUCAAUUGGAGCCGUUUCUUCGCACUAGAUUCGAGGUGCCCGGCGUCUAUAUCAACGACAUGCCCGUGCAUAGCUGCACCACGAAUGCCGUCCAAAUUCGCGACGAGAUUGAAAUCCUGCGACAUGACUUCAAUAAGCGCUUUAAGCAGUUAAUUUUCACCUGCAUGCUGAAUGCCUAUCUGGUGCUGAUACCCUGUCUCCUGGCACUCAGCGUGCAGUAUAAUGUAAUGCGCGCCGCCCAGCAUUGCAUUAUUGUGUGCCUGGGUGCGUUUAGCUUGUCUGCGGUCUUUCUGUACCCGGCCAAAUACAGCGAUACUCUGCAUCGUGCCACCCUUCAUCUGGGCAGCUGGCAGCGUAUGGACCGCGAUACACAGGGAGUGCCGUCGCAGCUUAUCGUGGCAGCCAAUGCUCAGACCUGGGCAAAGUACACAGUCUACGGCCAUGGCACUGUGGUGAAGCACAAUGGAGCUCUCUACCGCAGCCAUGGCCUGGUCACGGUGGCCACGCCGGGCAACGCCAGUCAUCUGCGUUUCUAUAAACUGUUCCAUAAUCCCACUGUCAUCUACUCCACGUUGGCCACGCUGCAGGCAGCCGUGCUGCUGGUGGAGAUUGCUUCGUUAAGCGCGGCCAGCAUUGAAUGGCAUUUUGUGCUGUCCAUUAGCUUUGUGGCCUUCACCAGCAUGGUCGCUUUCUUUAAACUGGUUCGAGAUUAUCUCAUCACCAAACAUCUCUACAAGGCAGAGUGUUCCACCAUUUACAAUUAAGCCAUCUACAAGCACCUACAUAUAUCAAAGAACUCCUAGCAGUGUCAUGCCAAAAAGCCACGUUAUCAAUGUAUAUCGAAUAUACGCUAGAUUUCAAUAUCGAUCUAUAUAAAACAUUUCAUCCUGAUUUACUAAUUAAAGCUAUAUUUUCC